AUGGGGCCCUGCCUGGGGCCUGCCUGCCCUGGUCAGCCCAAUGCCUUGCAGUGCCCAGGCCACCCUGCAGACCAGGAGCUCCUGAAGGUGCGGGCGGACUUUGUGGAUCGUGUGAGGAAGCCAGUAAUCUCCAAGCUUCUGGAUGACCUGCUGGCCCACAAGGUGCUGAGCCAGGCAGAAGUGGAUGAGGUACAGGAACGCUACGCAGUGACAAGCGACAAGGCUCGUUGCCUCAUAGACACUGUGCGCCUGAAGGGCUCUAAGGCCAGCAAGAUCUUCAUCGACAGCCUCAGGAAGCAUGAUCACACCUUGGUGGAGCAGCUGGGUUUGGCCACUGGCUCAGGGUCCCCUGGUGUGCAGCCCCCCAUUAGCAUCCAGGGCCAGCAGUGGAUUCGGCAGUGCUCCCUAAGCGAGUACCAACGCAUCCAGGAGGCAGAAGGAAAUCAGAUCUAUCCCAUACACUUGCCACGGGAGACACGAACCCGUAGGGCCCUGCUCAUCUGCAACACAGAGUUUGAGCACCUUGGCCAACGGAAGGGUGCAGAAGUGGAUGUGAAGGAGAUGACGAAGCUGCUGGAGGGGCUGGGCUACAGGGUGGACUUCCAUGAAAACUUAACUUCCCAGGAGAUGUCCAUGGUCAUGAAGGAUUUUGCAGGUCACAAGGAUCAUUUGACCUCUGACAGCACCUUCCUGAUGUUCAUGUCCCACGGAUGUAGGACUGGGCUCUGCGGGACCAAGAGCAGAGAUGAGACAACAGACAUCCUUUCCCUCGACACCAUAUAUGAGAACUUCAACAACAAGCACUGCAAGGCACUGAUUGGGAAACCCAAGGUGGUUAUUAUUCAGUCCUGCCGUGGAGACAGCAGAGGAUUGGUGCUGGUGUCCGACUCAACCAUCCCUGAGAUGCCUGCUCUCAGCUCAGACAGCAUGAACACCGUAAAACUGCAAGGUGAAAAAAUCAGAAAAAUUCACCUGGAGAGUGAUUUUGCCACUUUAUAUUCCUCCACACCUGAUACUGUCUCUUGGAGAAGCCCAGAAACAGGCUCCAUUUUUAUCCAGAGACUGGUAGAGCAGUUUCGAAACCAUGCCUUUAACAGUGAUUUGCAGGAGUUGUUCCGAAAGGUCCAACGUUCCUUUGAAAACUUCCCUCAGCAGUUGCCAACACAAGAAAGGACUACGAUGCUCAGAAAGUUCUAUCUCUUCCCAGGCCACUGAUCUGCCUGCCGCAACCUCAGACCUGGAAUAAAAUAGUCCAUGGUCUCCUCUCCUCCUCUCCUUUUGUGGCCUGCAACCUCUCACUGAGCAAAUUCUUGCCAGGGAGCAGCACACAGCAGGCAGUAGAGCACUGAACACAAACCUGGCUAA